AUGAAAUUCGCCAAGUUCGUCAUCCUCGGGGGAUAUAGCAUGAGGCGAGAGUUGGAUCAGGAGCUGGUCCCCGAAUGGCGGUCUAAGUACCUAGACUAUAAGGCAGGCAAGAAAAAGAUCAAAGCAGUCGCUCGCGCCCAGCAGAAAGCCAACAAAAGCCCUCCAUACCCAAGCCUUCGUCGAGCGACGGCAGAUUUUGGACAUCCUUCGACCACUCCGAAAAGUGCACAGAGAGCAUCGUCUCUAUACCGCAAUGGGGCGGAGAAGAGACAGGAGGCAGGAGACGGCUUGCAGGGCACGGCGGGGAACCCACCCUCCCUGUCUCGCUCUACUCCAGGCCCCAGGGAUGAACGGCAGCCACUGAGGACCCCAGGGUCUCGAUUAUCUAGUAACAUCGGCGGCUAUGGUAGUAUCAUCUCGUCGCCGCACCAGCAUGUGGGUCAGGGUUCUGACCUUGCAUCGUUGAAGUUGCCGGACCCGGCGCUCGACCCUCAGGGAGAAUCUAAUACCCAAUUAGCCCGCGAACGGUCGAAUCUGGGACCUGGCCCGAAGACUCCGUCUCCUGUGCUGACGAGACAAGAGACUUAUACUUCACGCCCCAGCCUAGCUAGCAUCCCUGAUGGGAAAGGGUCGUCGGUACGGGGGCCGGGCAGCCUGCUGGAUUUGAAAGGCAACACGGUGCCAGGCCCAUCGAUGAGCAAAAAGCUCCUUCAGCGUGUUUUCACCAGCACUGGUGCAGAUGACGCCACCAGCAAUGUGCCGUUAGAACAGCUGUCAGAAGUCGAGCGUCGACAGGAUGAAUUCUUUGCUUUCUUAGAUAGUGAGCUUGCCAAGAUCGAUGGCUUCUAUCAGAUGAAAGAGAAGGAAGCCGCCUCUCGCCUGCAAACCCUGCGGCAACAGUUGCACAUUAUGCGAGAUCGCAGGCUCGAGGAUGUUUUGGCCGCCAAAAGAAAGGAGACCGGAAAUGGCACCUCGGAUCAUCCGAACGUAUUCAUCAAUCCUUUCAGCAUUCUGGGUAUUAAAGAUACUAUUGCCGGCCGCAACCGAGUGGGGAAGAGUUCCAAGGCGUUGGCCCAAAUGGCGACACCCGCAGGGCCUCAGCCACGAGAUGCACAGGUCGUGAAUCGAAGGGAUUUUGCCCGUCGCCCAGACCCGCAAGGGCCUGAAGUUUCCUACCGCUCGGCCAAACGGAAACUGAAGUACGCUUUGCAGGAGUUUUACCGUGGCUUAGAGCUUCUCAAGGCUUAUGCGUACCUGAACCGGACUGCCUUCCGCAAGAUCAACAAGAAGUACGACAAGGCCGUCAACGCUCGCCCCACCAUGAGGUAUAUGUCGGAAAAGGUUAACAAGGCAUGGUUCGUACAGAGCGAGGUGGUCGACAGUCUGAUCGUUGUCGUUGAAGAUCUUUAUUCCCGCUAUUUCGAGCGUGGUAACCGCAAAAUAGCCGUCUCCAAAUUGCGCCGUGUAACCAAGAAGUCUGGCGACUACUCAUCCAAUACAUUUCUGUCCGGGCUCCUGGUAACUGCCGGUACUCUGUUUGCCAUCCAGGCACUCGUGUAUGCGUCACAACACCUUCAUAGUCCUGAUUCGACCAUUGCAACCCAAACCGGCUAUCUCCUGCAGCUUUGGACUGGCGUCAACUUUCAGAGUCGGAAAUGGUGGGCAUAUUCAAACUGGCGUCUAUUGCUCGCAGGGCUCUAUCCAGUAGAGUUUCGGGAUUUCUUCUUAGGCGACAUGUACUGUUCACAAGUAUACGCCAUGGGAAAUAUCGAGUUAUUUUUUUGUUUGUAUUCACGACACUGGGGAAACCCAGAACAAUGCAACUCGUCGCAUUCUCGACUACUCGGCUUUUUCACUACCAUACCAUCGAUACUGAGAGCGUUCCAAUGUCUAAGGCGUUAUGCCGAUACCCGGAAUAGCUUCCCGCAUCUUCUCAACUUUGGCAAGUACAUGUUCGGCGUGUUGUACUAUGUCAACCUGAGCCUUUAUCGAAUUGACAAAAGCGACAAACUUCAAGCCACCUUCAUCACUUUCGCCCUGCUGAAUGCUGUCUAUACUUCCAUCUGGGAUCUUGCCAUGGACUGGAGUUUGUGCAAUCCAUACGCCAAGAAUCGCCUUCUCCGCGAUACGCUGGCCUUCCGCAACACAUGGGUGUACUACGCAGCCAUGAUACUUGAUGUCGUUGUACGGAAUAACUGGCUCUUUUAUGCAGCCUUUGCGAACGAUAUACAGCACUCAGCGAUACUGAGUUUCUUUGUUUCGCUCUCUGAAGUCCUCCGGAGAGGCGUCUGGACAAUCUUCCGCGUCGAGAAUGAACAUUGCACCAAUGUACAACUGGUCAGAGCAUCUCGGGACGUCCCAUUACCGUACGAUGUUUCUUCUCCAGAAUUAGUAUCAACUGCCGAGGCAACCACUACUCCCGCACCACAAGACCUCCCUCCACAGGGUCAACAGAUGCCUACUACUCCAUAUAUGGUAUCGGCAGAUAUGGAGCAAGGAACACCGCUGACUACGGCGCGACCCCGUCGUCCGUCUGUUGUUGCUGGAAUCUCCCGUGUGGGUACCAUGAUGGCCUCUGCGCAUGCCCAAGACUUUGAACGUCGGAACAAGAACGAUCUUCUCCCCGGAGGUCAAGUGAGCGCUGGGGCCGUCCAAGACCCCGAUGAUUCGAGCGAGGAAGAAGAGGACACGGGAAAUUCAACCGAACCCUCUCUCCACGGCAUCAUUGAUGAAGAACACCUUGAUGAGCUCUGA